AUGAAGGAGGUGAUAUCUAAGAAGCGUAAGUUAGAGGAUUUUGAGACGGUGGAGCUAAUGGAAGAGUGUAGUGCCAUUAUCAAGAGACCACUACCGGAAAAGUUGGAGGAUCUGAGGAGUUUUACUAUUCCAUGUGUAAUGGGUGAGCUACGUAUUGAGAAGUCCUUGUAUGAUUUGGGUGCUAGUAUCAAUCUCAUGCCUCUCUCUAUCUUUCGGAAGCUCAAUCUUGGAGAGGUCACACCAACUACUAUUUCCUUACAAUUGGCGAAUUGUUCUUUAACAUAUCCUAGAGGUGUCAUUGAGAAUCUAUUAGUGAAGGUUGAUGGAUUCAUUUUUCCUGUUGAAUUUGUUGUGCUUGACAUGGAGGAAGACCAAGAAAUUCCCAUAAUAUUGGGAAUACCUUUUCUUGCAAUCGGAAAAACUUUGAUUGAUGUCCAUGAUGGUAACUUGAAAUGGUGA